AUUUAUUAUUUGUUGACGUCCACAAUAAAUUCAUGUUGUGUUUCCUUGUAAUAAAUUUGACAUUUAUUUAUUUUCCUCGCACUUGUUUGUAAAAGUUCAGACGUGAACGACCAACCAUUUGAGAACCAGUGACAGAUUAUGAACUGUUCUAUCGUUUUUUUGAUAGCUUCAAUAUCUAUUGUGUAUUACAUCAACUCUGUUUCUGCCCAAGUAAAUGUCGACAUAACUGGUGGCGGAGGAGGCGGCGGUGGUGGUGAUCAAGCACCUGGCGGUAGAGGUGGCGAUGUCAAUACUAAGAUUGUCAUAAAAAAAGGUAGAGGAGGAAAAAGAGACAAAAUUAAAGUAAACGGAAAAACAGUUGGGAAAGGAGAAAAUGCAGGUGUUAUAAAAGUAAAUGGAAAAAAAGUUGAUAUAGGAGGAAAAACAGGUAUAAAAGUAGACGGAAAAGGUGUUAUCGGAGGUAGAGGGAGAGGACAAGUUGGACAGAGAGGACCAGUUGUAGGGAGAGGACAAGUUGGAGGGAGGGGACCAGUUGUAGGGAGAGGACAAUUUGGAGGCAGAGGACCAUUUGUAGGGAGGAGACAAGUUGGAGGACAAGGACUAGGGGGACUUCUAUUAAACGGACUAAGAAGACAAGUUAGAAAGUUACUGGGAAAUGCUGUUAGUCCAAGGGUUAGACGAUUUUAAUUAUUUAAAUAUCCAAAGACAAUAAAUCGACAAAUAUCA